UUGACCGAGUUGUGGGUAUUUCUAUUUAAGUCCCCUACCUAAAGCCUGAGAGAACACAUUGGGCCCACGCCUGGGAGUUUACGGAGGAUUACAACCAUCAUGUCUGGAUCAAAUAGUACACAAAUACUGAAUGUAGCAGAUCUAGGAGAGGAAGUGUCUAACAGAAGACGUUUUUCUUUCACUUUAGACAGAUUAUUCAAACGAAAAUCUCCUUCAGGGUCUUCUCCAUCAAAUAUUGGAAUGAUUGAUAUGCAUAAGGAGGAGACAGAUGGGGACUAUACCGACGAUAGCGGUGAAUCGGACAGCAAUGCGGAUACUGAAGCAAUGACUCUAUGGACAGGUAUGGAAGGACAUACUAACAAUCAGUUCAUAUUUGAUGAUCAGUGUCAACUUGACAAUUUACAGCCGGAAGUAGUUCUGACAUUCCCGAAUAGUAAAAAAGUUGGUUCCCUUAGUGACGCGAGUGACGUUAUGUACAUUAGCGACGGAAGGAGUCUUGUCGUCGACAUGAUAGGUAAUCGUGUGCUACAUUUUGACAAACGUGGAAUUUCAUCAAUUGCUUACAGCACUGAAGACAUGGUUGAACCAUGGGCUGUGGCGGUCAACACAGAGGACGUGAUUCACGUUACUGCGAGGAAAACUAAAUGUGUAACGAGAUUUUUAAAGAAUGGAGAAAUUAUAACACCAAUCAAAAACGUGAAUUUUACGACACCCUCUGGGGUAGCUAUUGGUAAGAAUGACCAAAUAUUUGUGUCUGAUGUAACAACAAAUCUGCUAACUGCUCAUGAGACGGAUGGCACGUUUAUCUCGACCAUUGGCAGCAGUAUGUCCCCCAUUCAACAUCUGGACAGGCCCAGGUACGUUACCGUCGACAAUAGCAAUAACAUCAUUGUAAGUGAUUCAGGACAUCAUUCUAUCAAGGUGUUUGAUUCAGAAGGUAACUUUGUAAACAAAAUUGGUGAGCGCGGAAAAGGUGAAGGACAGUUAAAAUUCCCGUAUGGUGUAUGUACGGACACUUCAGACAACAUUAUUGUUGCCGAUCAUUACAACGAUCGAGUGUCUUUCUUUUCCAAGUCUGGGCAAUUCAUACGCCAUCUUGUGACGUCACUAGAUGGAUUAACUCAUCCACAAGGCCUAUGUUUGACAUCAAAUCUUAGACUACUCGUGACCCACGGGGGACUCAAAGCGCACGAAGUUCUGGUGUACGAUCUGCGAAAUAACACAAGAUCAGACACCACGUCAUCAGAUACCGUGGUUUUAGUGUGACGUCAUCGUUUGUUGUAUCUUGUAUAUUUUUAUUACUGAUGAUUGACAAAACCGGCCAAUCAACCUGUUUGCCGUUUACUUACCAAACUAGUUCUAAUGUCUUAGUUCGCAAGUUGUUCAGACUCACCUUUCUAUGUACCGGGAUGCAGAUUGUUAAAUAUCUUUUUACAAUGACUUCUUGCUGUUUCUCUGUUAAGUUUGUAAUUAAAACUCACAAGGAUGAACAAGAACAA